CCGAUCUUUCCGCAACCUUUAUCACCAUGAAGCUCGCUCUUUUCGCUACUUUUGUCGCCGGUGCCGCCGCCUUCGCUGCUAAGAAAGGCGCCAAAAAGCGUGCUGCCGUUGUCACCGGAAAUUUCGAGGAAGACAUUGGAGCCACGCUCCCUCUUGGAUUUUGGGAUCCUUUGGGUCUGGUCGCCGACGGCAACCAGGAAAAGUUUGACCGUCUCCGUCUUGUUGAAUUGAAGCACGGACGUAUUUCGAUGCUUGCCGUUGUUGGGUACCUUAUCCAAGAAGCCGGUGUCCGUCUUCCGGGAAACAUUGACUUGAGUGGCACCAAGUUCUCCGACAUCCCCAACGGAUACGCCGCCAUUGAGGCCAUCCCAUAUGCUGGUAAGCUCCAGCUGCUCGCUUUCAUUGGUGCUUUGGAAGUUUUCGUCAUGCGUGACUUUGUUGGAGGCGAAUUCCCUGGUGACUUGCGUAACAACUACAUUGACUUUGGCUGGGAUUCCUUCGAUGAUGCCACCAAAGCCCGUAAGCGCACCAUCGAACUCAACCAAGGACGCGCCGCCCAGAUGGGUAUCCUUGCCCUUAUGGUCCACGAGCAACUUGGAGUUUCCAUUAUUCCCUCCACUGCUGCCUCCGAAUACGCAUUCUAAGUAUAGUACUUGCUUUUGGUAUCAAUACCUAACGAUGUUUAGACG